AUGCCCGUCGACCCCAAACUUCACAUCGACGACUCCAUCCCCUGGAGCGAGCCCGCCUGGCUCCGCGGCGUCCACUCCCCAUACUACACCUCCACGCAUCGCGACCUCCAGCGCACCAUCAGGAAAUACGUCGACACGCACCUCCUCCCCUCAGCACUCGACUGGGAAGAGAAAGGCGAUGUCCCACCCGAAGAAGCAGACCGCUUCUGCAAGUCAGGCAUCCCUUUUGCCGACGUCCCAGCUCCGUAUCGCCCCGCAAACAUCCCCAACAUAGCUGGCAUUCCGCACGGCGACCUCGAUGCCUUCCACUUCCUCAUCAUGAGUGACGAAAUGUCCCGCGUAGAAGGCGGCGUGGGCAUCGCCCUCGCCGGUGCUUCAGCAAUCGGUGCUCCUCCCAUCGUCAACUGCGGCACGGAGGAGCAGAAGCGGAAAUGGCUCCCCGGCCUGUUCACCCGCAAGACGAACUUCUCGCUGGGCAUCACAGAGCCAUCUGGCGGGUCGGACGUGGCUCGUAUCAAGGCCACGGCUGAGAAAACACCUGACGGCAAGUACUACAUCGUCAAUGGUGUCAAGAAGUGGAUUACCGGUACGCCAUGGGCAACACACAUGACCACAGCUGUGAGGACAGGCAAAGCAGGCAUGAAGGGCGUCUCAUUGCUCGUCAUCCCGAUGGACUCACCCGGCAUAGUGCACCAGAAGAUCCAGAACUCGGGACAGAACGCGGGCGGCGCCUCGUUUGUCUACCUCGAGAAUGUGAAAGUACCCGUGGAGAAUCUUAUCGGCGAAGAAAACGAAGGCUUCAUGAUCAUCAUGAAGAACUUCAACAAGGAGCGGUUCCUACUAACGGUCGGGUGUAAUCGUAAAGCGAGAUCCUGCCUCGCCAUGUCCUUCCAGUACGCCAUGAAGCGCGAGACGUUUGGGAAGCCCUUGAUUCAGAACCAGGUCAUCCGGAGGAAGUUGUCCGAGCUGGCGCACAGGAUUGAGGCGCACUGGGCGUGGUUGGAGCAGCUGGCCUACCAUAUCAAGUGCUCGGAUCUGGGCUGGGAGGAUCCCCAGAUUGCGAGUAGGGUUGCCUUGUUGAAGGUUCAGGGCGGGCAGUUGAUAGAGUUGGCGGCGAGGGAGGCGGCGCAGAUUUUCGGAGGCGCGGGAUACAUGAAGGGCGGGCCGGGUGCGACUGUUGAGCAGAUUAAUCGGGAUUUGAGGAUGCUGGUCGUUGGUGGUGGAAGUGAGGAGAUUAUUGCGGAUUUGGCGGUACGAUUGGAAUUGGCUAUGAUGGGAGCGGCUAAGCUGUAG